AUGCUUCAUGUUGCAGGUAUUCUUGGCGACUACCUUUGGUUGACCGCUGCCGGACUAACUGACUCAUUGUCGGCGUCACUCUCACUAACGCUGGCGAUUCCAUUCUCUUUUCUUGCUGACACUGUGAUUCGAGCUCAGCCGCCAUCUGGAGUACAAGUUCUCGCUGCCAUCCCAAUCAUCUUAUCAUUUAUCGGUGCAGCUGUGUCAGACCACAGAAAUUCACCGAAUCGUGGAACGGAA